UACUUUUGGAUGUGUGGGAUAGUAACUUCCAUCAGUGCAUAAUAAAUUAUGGAACCUACAUAUGGUUAGAGCAAUUAUGUUCGUUGUCGUAAUUUAUUGAACAUUCCAUGUCCUACCAUGGGUCCCCUCCCUUGUCCUUGCAACGCUCUCUAUCCUUACCUACUUAUCCCUCAUUUUGUCUUAUUUGCCUCCAUCCAUGGGAAUUUGCGUCUCAGCACAGCAUUAUGACUGCGACAGAGAUCAUAAGGCUUGGUCAGACGCUAUUGACCGCCAGCUGGAAGAAGACUCUAGGAAGUUUAGGAAGGUUUGUAAGAUACUUCUUCUCGGGUCCGGCGCAUCUGGAAAGUCGACAAUAGCCAAACAGAUGAAAAUUAUUCAUCAGAAUGGCUUCACCCAGGACCAACUCUUAACUUUCCGUCCGACUAUAUAUCGCAAUACCCUUGACUCCGCGCAGGGCAUCAUUCUCCAGAUGCGUAGUAUGAAUGUGGAGUGCGUAAUGUCUGCUAACCAUGUAUUGGCCAAACACAUCCUAGAAUACAGGGUUAAAAGCACUCCCAAUUUUGUUUUCUCCGCUGACAUUGCCCAAGCCAUCCACGAGUUAUGGCAGGAUCCCAUCAUUCCCAAGGUGAUGGACUGUUCGAGUGAGUUCUAUCUUAUGGACUCAGCUGUCUAUUUUUUUACAGAGGUGCUCCGUAUAGGCACUCCUGACUAUAUACCCACAGAAAAUGAUGUACUACGUGCUCGAGCGCAGACCAUCGGCAUCACUGAAACUUGGUUUAACAUGGGACCGCUCUCGAUUCAUAUGGUUGACGUCGGUGGCCAGCGCUCAGAACGGAAGAAGUGGAUACAUUGUUUUGAAUCAGUUACUAGCAUCGUUUUCUGCACAGCAUUAUCGGAGUAUGACCAAGUACUAUUAGAAGAGAAGAACCAGAAUCGCAUGCAGGAAUCACUAAUCCUGUUCGAGUCUGUCAUCAACUCCCGCUGGUUUCUGCGGACUUCCAUCAUAUUAUUAUUGAACAAGAUGGAUGUCUUUAAGAACAAGCUACCAAAGAUUCCGCUGGAGUCAUACUUCCCAGAAUAUACAGGCGGCGCAGACAUAAAUAAAGCGGCAAAAUAUGUUCUCUGGAAAUUUAUGCAAGCCAACCGGGCGUGUUUGAGCAUUCACCCUCACUUGACACAAGCCACUGAUACGACAAAUAUCAGACUCGUCUUCUCUGUGGUCCAGGAGACGAUCCUGCAGAAUGCUCUGAAAGAGUCAGGUAUUCUGUGA